UCGCCUGCUCAGCUGCUCCCUCCUCUGCUGCUCAGCCCAGGGUGGCCCCUUGCAGAGACUAUCUUGGAAUUCAUCCUGAUAGUGCCUGAGGCCCAGACCUUUGGGAAAAAUAGCUCAGGGUGCCUUUGCCUUUUGAGUGGGGUUUAGGAAGGCAGGCACCAAAACCUGAGUUAGCACAGUAGCUCUGCUCCUCUGACCGAGAGUCAGGCAUCUGAUUAAAGACUUUAACGAAGACUUUAACAAACCACUUACUACGUGCAAGCACUGUUCUAAAUACUUAACUAGUAGUAGCUCAAUAUAUGUCACUCCACUAGUCAUUACUACUAGAAAUUGGUAACUUUCCCCAAACCACCUCAUAAGCCAAGUGCACCCUUGGGAUUUGUGCCCUGGUUCUUUGCCUCAGGGACUGUAAGCCUCUGGCAGGUCAGGGCUAUCUGACCCCAGCCUGUCCCCUCCCCUGCAGCCCUGCCCUGAAGCUGUAUCAUGAAGAGAGUGACCCGGGCCCUUCUUGUCACAUUGGCAGGCCUGCCUGCCUUGGAAGCCAAUGAUCUGGUCGAUAAAGACAGUCCCUUCUAUUAUGGUGGAAAAUGCAAAUGCAAGUACAAUAAGAAGCACAGCCCCUUACCUGAGAGAGCCACUCCACUCAUCACUCCAGGCUCUGCCAGUACCUGCUGAGCACAGGACCAGCUUUGUGGCACUUUCCGCACCAGCUCCCAUGCUGUUCCCUCCCCCCUUGGGGCCCUUAGAUGAUGGCCUUUCUCUCCAAAGCUGGGCACUUCAGCUCCUGUCUGAUCAGGACACUGUCUAAAGCUUAUUUCUAAAUUAAACUGUCUCACUCCUCC